CCGGCUUCUCGAUUGAUUGCGAGCGGAGCGUCGAGGCUUUUCUCCUCGAUGUUUCAGAAGCGACUCACUGCUCCUCCGUCGAUCUCAGAGGAAGAUCAUCAAUCCAGAGAAGAUGUUUCUCCAAUCCCUGGCCCUAUCCCUUCCUCUGAAAUAUGGAACAGUAGCAGUCCAUCUGAAAUACCGAACGGCGACACCCCAGCCAAAAUACAGAACAGUGACAAGAAUGAAAACAACCAGACAAAUAAUUCUGACAGUAGUGUCGUUGCUGAACUCGAACAGUUAUUGGAGCAGAAAACAUUUACCAGGGUUGAAUCUGACCGUUUGGCGGAAUUACUGCGUUCAAGAAUGGUCGAAACAGCAAAUGUGGGACGUGAAAAGGAAAAGGAUAGGGUUUUAGUACAAGAUGAUGGAAUUGGGAGCUCAAGAAUACAUAGUCAUAAGGAUGAAGCUGGUUCACCUGAAGAACUUGCAAAAGCAUAUAUGGGCUCAAGGCCUUCAAAAGUUCUUUCAGUUGGAAAAUAUGAUAACCAAGUUUUUCAAGAAGAUGCCCAUUUGCCAAACACACCAUCUACGUCAAAGCGAUUAGACCUUUUAGCUACACCACGAUCUGGUAUACGUUUUUCUGGAAUUCCUGAACAAUCUGAACGUGGUUAUCGGACAGAAAGACCUCCCGGCAGAUCUGCAAUAUAUAGAAUGUCCAGAUCUCCAUAUUUUAAGGUCAAUCCUACGACAAGUAUCCAGGUUGGAGGGCUUUCUCGGGAUGGAUCAUCAUGUCAGUGGACACCAAGUGCUAUGAAGUUACAUGGAAGACAGAGUUUAAAACGGGGUAGUGCAGCCUUAGAUGGCGAGGUUGGAUCUGUUGGCCCCAUUCGCAGGAUUCGCCAGAAAUCUGGUUUGCUGUUGUCUUCCAAAGUGCCACAUUCAUCACUUUCUGGAAAAAUUAUUUCUAAUCAUUCAACCCCUGCUUUUAAAGAUGUUCUGGAAGGUUCUACGUCAGUGCAAAAGACUCUCCUGUUGGAUGAACGAAAAUAUGUCAGCUUAGGUUCAGAGGCUGCAGAAAAUGGAAUUUCUAGUGCUACUAUGAUUCCAUUGCAGUCGAGUGAAACAGCACAGAAAUUGUUCCAGCAACUGGAUAAACUAUUACCUUCACCAAAAGAGAAAUCAGCUGAACCGAAAAUGAUUGCCAGAGAUGAAUCCCCUUCUAAGUUGACGCUUGGUAUGUUGCAUGGAAGUGCACUAAGAAGCAUGGAAGAUAUACCUUCCAAAUUUUUUACUGUGGAAGGGCAUGGUCAAAUAGGUACUUCUAGUGCUUCACCAAACAUUGGAAGUUCUCACUCUCUGAAACUAGAUAUGGUCAAAGAGAAUGGUCCAGAUUCUGUUAGUUUAGGAAUGAAGUCGGCAUCUGAAGCCAACGGUGUGAGCAAUGUUCCCAUACCCUCUGAAUACGUCAAGCAUGGUGUGAGAUCUGAAAAUAUUGCCAUUGCAAGGAACGUUGGACAUGCUGUACCCAAAAAGCCAGCUUUCCAAAUGAGUGCUCCUGAGGAUUCAUUUGAACUGGAUGAUGAUGAUGAUGACAAUUUGAAGGACUCCUCUGUUCCGUUAACUACAGCUGAGGAUGAUGGUGACACAAAGACAUCCAAGCAGACUAAUAUCAUUUCUGAAAGAGUAAUACCAGAGAGCCCUACAACUUCAUCCCAGGGUAUGCCUGUUUCAAGUUCAGAAUCAUUAAAGAAAGCUGACAAGAAGCCUGUCAUUACACCUGUUGUUACUGAAAAGAGCAAUGGCUUUGCAUUCCCAGUUUCAUCUGAUCCCUUCAGUCAGUUUCAGUCACCUCCAACACCUACUAUGGCCAUCCCACAGUCAGAUGGGCCAGAAGCACGUAAGGAGCAGACAACAUCUCCUAUAUUUAGCUUUGGAUCCAAUGGUGCCAAUUCAUCAUCAUUUUCAUCAAGCACCGCCACCGUUAAUGAUUUUUCAGGCAUAAAAUUUGGUGAAGGGUCAAGAUCAAAACCGAAAUCAGGCACCAGCAGCUACACUACAACUUCAGCAGAACGAUCUGCCUUGGAUAAAAACGCUAAGGAAACGGCUGGAGAUAUAUUCAAACCAUUUGGAAAUACCGUUACCUCUGGGAUUUCAACACUGUCUACACCUCCCAUAUCUGGUUUUGGCACUUCUGCUGCUUCCAGCCUCAGUAAUGGCUCACUACAUUCAUCUUCACCUGCAUUUCCAGUUCCUGGUCAAACACCUGUCACUCUUUCUGAAGCUUCUGUGUCCAUGAACAAUACUGCCACUGCAUCCAGUUCCAGCAGUUUAUCUGUUUCAUCAGCAGCAGCUACUUUCUCUACUGUAUCUUCAAUCCAGUUUGCCUCUGAUAUAUCCAAGACCUCUCCUAUUCCAGCUUCUCAACUUGUAGAUGGCCCUAAUUUACCUAUUUUUGAAGCAAACUCUAUCCAGUCCUCACCAUUGCACUUAUCUAGUUCCACAGUUCAAGGUACAUCUUCUGUGUCACUGUUUCAAUCAGUUCCAAGUUUUAACAGCGGCAGUUCAUCUUCAGCACUUUCAACACCAGUGAUAAGUUCAGGCAUGGGUACUUUUUCUGCAACUGCAUCUCUAUUUUCAAGCACGGGUGGGAUGAGUUCUUCUGCUGCACUAUCACCUGCGUUUCCAAGUACAGCAAGCAAUGUUUUUGGGUUCAACACUUCAACACAAUCUACUAGCUCAAUAGCAUCAUUUGCUAACAGUUCUUCUAAGAAUUCUACUAGUACUAUUUUUGGCACCACUGGUGGAGCUACCUGUUCUAGCCCAUUGCUUGCAAAUAAUUCUUCUCAGAACUCUACUGCCAAUACAACUAGUGCCACUGGGGUAUCAAUAUUUGGUACACAAUCAACUCAACCUGGUAGUGGAACCUCUCAGAUAACUCAGAGCUCCACAAGUCAGUUUGGUUCAUUUUCUUCAUCUACUCCCUUUGGUUUUGUCAACUCUUCCUCAGGUGGUUUUGGUGCUUCGUCAAUUGCUCCUGCAAUUUCGGAUGCCCAACCUUUUUCUUCAGGUUCUGGAUUUUCUUUUUCUUCUGGUGUUUCCUCUUGCGCUGGUAGCAGCUCAUCCUUUGCUCCAGUAGCUACCUCUAGUUUGUUUGGUUCCAAUCCUCAGCCAUCUACCAAUACUUCUCCAUCUACGGGAUUUUCGUUUGGUACAUCUUCUGCUUCGAACAGUUCAGCUUUCAUUUUCAGUUCUUCAUCUGGUUCUAGCACUUCAACUUUUGCUUUCGGUGGAUCAUCCGGUUCAAGCAAUUCAACUUUUAAGUUUGGUUCAUCAUCUGGUUCAGGGUUUGCAUUCAAUUCAGCUGCUGCUACUGCCUCAUCAACCCCUUCCUCUCCAGCUCCUGUAUUUGGAAUAUCCAACCCAGCUAUGGGAUUAGUUUCAAGUUCUCCCGGAAAUGAUCAAAUGAAUGAAGAUAGCAUGACUGAUGACACAAAUCAAGCUGGAAUUUCCUCGGUUCCGACAUUUGGUCAACCAGCGAAUAAUAAUCAAGCUGGACUUUCCUUGGUUCCAACAUUUGGGCAACCAGCCAAUAAUAAUCAAGCUGGAAUUUCCUCGGUUCCAACAUUUGGGCAACCAGCCAAUAAUCCACCGCCUGCACAAUCUUUUAUAUUUGGUUCUCCGGCAGUUCAGCCAGGUGCACCAUCUGCCUUCCAAUUUGGUGGGAAUCAGAAUUUGUCUUUUCCUCAAAAUCCAUCACCAUUUCAACCAACUGCUAACGUGGAGUUCACCGCUGGAGGGAGUUUCUCUUUGGGUAGCGGUGGUGGUGAUAAAUCUGGGAGAAGAUACGUGAAGGUUAAACGGGAUAAGCUGAGGAGGAAGUGAGGUCAAGAUUUUCUUCCUUUUAGAGAGGUAAGCUCCUUGUCACCCAGGUGCUUGAUAUUUCAUUGAAAAGACAAAUUUAUCUACACACAGAUAUCAGUUUGCCAUUUAAAUUUUUCUGUAACAUUUGAAAUCCACUAUUUGUUGUACUACCCCCACCCCCCAACCCCCCCUUUCAGGUUUUGUAGUUGCAAUUUUGGUUCAGUUGUAGCGAGUGCUUAGGAGAUAUUUGCCUUGUGCUGAGCACUAAUGUGUUGGUGGUCGUACUUGUUUUUGUAACAUAGAAAGCAUAAUAUAUAUCCCUUGGUAAUCUGUUAGUUAGUUGUGUCUCUCUUGUGCUUCCUUCCUGUUGGUCGUUGGACGAAGUUUACCCUGUAAAAACGUAGUUAAUUAAACCUUU